AGCUCAGUUGAAUGACACUGAGCUUCGAGGCGCGCCAAUGUCGCGAAAAUCUCGAGUGCAAUGCGCGCGCACCCUCGGGGGUGUAUUUUUACCGAAAUUCGUAUAGAUUUGGUCGUCUUUUGGUGAAAAUCGCCGGAUUUUUCGUGCAAGGCGUUUAUUUUUAAAGCGCUACAAAUAGCCGCGAUUUUAUAUUUAAACCGCUGAAUUUGCCUUAUGGAUGCCUUAUUUUUGGUGUUUCUAUGAAUUUUUCCUAACGAAAAAAUGAUCAUCGAGUGUGCAUUGUAGUUGUUGAUAUGCCGGUGCGAAGAGGGCUUGUCGCUCCCAGGACCACGCUUAUUGAAACAAUCAUCAGGAAAUUCGACACUGACAAUCGUUCAUUUUUGGUGGCCAACAGUCGCGAAGGACAAUGUCAUAUAAUCUACUGUUCGGACGGCUUCUGUCGACUGACGGGCUAUUCCAGAGCGGAAGUGAUGCAACGCUCGGCCUCCUGCGACUUCUUGUGCGGCCCUUUGACCUCGCAACAGGCCGUCGGCAGUCUCAGAGAGGCCCUUCAAGAAGGCGUCGAGAAACACGCAGAGAUACUAUAUUACAGGAAAGAUGGCUCAAAGUUCCUAUGUUCCGAAGUAAUCGCCCCCAUACGGAGCGAAGUGGAUGACAUAAGUUUGAUUAUCAUCAAUUUCGAAGACUUAACGGCGGUUCCGACGGCGUCUCUGGAAAGCAGUCCCGUGGGGAAACCCCGACUUAGCAAAUUUGACAGGGCCAGAGCCUCGUUCAGACAGAGUCUCAGGUUGGGUUCGAAUUUGCGAGGAAGAGGCCUUAGACUAGCGGGGUAUUUGACGCCCCCGAGUGACGUAACCGCCGCCGAAGAGGAGGCGGAUACUUUGGAGCAAUGUCCUCUGACAUCGAAUUCUCCGACUCCCAUUCUGGAACAGACUUGGGUGUCGAAGACCGAAGUGCCGACGGCUACGACGCACACAACGAUUGCACUGCCGUCUCAGACCAAAGAAUACACAGCUUUGGCGAUAUCACAUAGUGCGCCAACGAGCCACCAAGCCUCGUUUGAACGUGGAGAAAGUGUGGAAAGAAGUAGACCACCGAUCACUAGGCACCAAACACCAAAUAGAGUCUCGCAUGCGACAAGUUUAGAUGCUAUAGCUAGGAGGCAGUGUUUUAGGACAGGAUAUCCCACUGUUAGUGUUUCCAAUAAACCGCACUUGAGCAAGCAAUUUCCCAACGUUUCGUCCGAGAGCGAUUUACAACGCUACAGAACGGCCCCACAAUCACACGAUCGCAAAAGUCCAAGUCUGAGCAACCCCACCGAUUCGUCAAAACAGAAAGUCUGUCCCCAGUUCUCGUUCCAAGACAAUGGAUCGGCGAAAUACUUCCAAAGUGGGAUUCACACGCCGAAAAUGGGCGAAAAAGUGGCUCAGGUGCUGUCGUUGGGGGCCGAUGUACUUCCAGAGUACAAAUUGCAAAAUCCAAGGAUACAUAAUUGGACCAUUUUGCAUUACUCGCCCUUCAAGGCCGUCUGGGACUGGAUCAUACUGAUUUUGGUGAUGUACACUGCGAUAUUUACGCCUUAUGUUGCCGCUUUUUUACUCAACGAGCCAGAUAAUAACAGGAAAAAUAAAAAGUACGGGGAGGAUCCUAUUGUUAUUAUAGAUUUGAUAGUGGAUGUAACGUUUAUCAUCGACAUUCUUAUCAACUUUCGGACGACUUACGUCAGUGGUAACGACGAAAUCGUCUCAGACCCGGUCCGAAUAGCCAUCCACUACCUAAAAGGGUGGUUUUUUAUCGACUUGGUGGCUGCGGUGCCUUUCGAUUUGUUGUUUUUCGGAAGCGACACGGACGAAUUGGGCUUGGACAAAGACGAGACGACAACUCUGAUUGGAUUACUAAAGACUGCUCGCCUUUUGCGUUUGGUCCGAGUUGCGCGAAAAAUCGACCGAUAUUCCGAAUAUGGAGCCGCCGUUUUGCUGCUUCUGAUGGCCACGUUUGCGCUCAUCGCCCAUUGGCUGGCCUGCAUAUGGUACGCCAUCGGGAACGCAGAAAACCACUCGAAAAUCGGAUGGUUGGAGAUUCUCGCCAAUGACACGCAUCAGUUCUACGGGCCGAAUAAUACAGGGGGGCCCAGCAUUAAAAGUCGGUAUGUGACGGCCCUGUAUUUCACCUUCACGUCGCUGACCAGUGUGGGCUUUGGCAACGUUGCCCCGAAUACGGACGCCGAGAAGAUUUUUACCAUCUGUGUGAUGCUGGCUGGGUCCCUGAUGUACGCCAGCAUCUUCGGCAACGUUUCGGCCAUCAUCCAGCGCCUAUACUCAGGCACAGCUCGUUACCACACUCAGAUGCUGCGCGUCCGUGAAUUUAUUCGCUUCCAUCAGAUUCCAAAUCCUCUGAGACAGCGUCUGGAGGAGUACUUCCAGCACGCUUGGGCCUUCACCAACGGCAUCGACAUGAACUCGGUGCUCAAGGGCUUCCCCGAGUGUCUCCAAGCCGACAUUUGUCUCCAUCUCAACCGAAAUCUGCUACAGAAUUGCAGCGUUUUUGACGGAGCGAGUCCCGGGUGUCUUCGUGCUUUCACCUUGAAGUUCAAGACCACGCACGCACCGCCGGGGGAUACCCUGGUGCACAGGGGGGAUGUACUCAGUUCGUUGUAUUUCAUUUCAAGGGGGUCGAUUGAGAUUCUGAGAGAUGAUAUUGUGAUGGCCAUUUUAGGCAAAUAUGAUAUUUUCGGGGAAAACCCGUGCUUACAUCCCACAUUGGGAAAGUCAAGCUGCAACGUUCGGGCUUUGACGUACUGUGAUUUACAUAAGAUACAUAGAGAUGAUCUCCUAGACGUGCUAGAGCUCUAUCCCGAGUUUUACAACCAGUUUAUGAAUAAUUUAGAAAUUACGUUUAAUUUAAGGGAUGAGGAGCAAGCCGGUGUUAUCCCCCGGCGCUCUUUCUACCCCAAAAGCCACACAAAAGAGAGUCGCUAUUUUCGAGGAGUCAACUCGAAUGGAGUUUCCAGUCGGGGGAACUCAAUGACCGGACGCCAGGACUCCCAAUACAGCGACGAGUCCGAGUCAGGACAUGGAAUUUUGGAGUUUUCGACGGAAAAAGCCGGUCAGGACGUGACACCAAUCAAUUUGGACUUUGGCGAAGAGAAGAAGCGAUCGUCCACUUUGAACUCAAUCACAGGCAUGCUAUCACAGCUCAAAAGAAGUAUACCCGAUCUAAGGUUACACAAAACGCAUCAGCCGCUCAUAGCCCAAUCAACGCCCCCUUCCAGCCACCGCAUCCGCACCAUCCGUCGCCAAUCCUCCGUGGGCACGUACCAGGAGUCCGCCCACCAGCAGCAGCAGCCCCAGCCCCAGGUGCCCAUCUCCAGCAGCACCAGCUACUACACCAACAGCCCCUCCCCGCCGGCCCCCCACGUCGUCGAAGCCACCCAACAUUCCAUAGAGACACAUUCUGACUUAGUAGUGAGUAAAGGUUUGGAGAACAUCCAUUCGAAAUUGGAGCAGUUGACAAGACGGGUGCAACAGCUGGAGGUGAGUCUUGCCGGGGACGUCAAGACCAUCCUGGGGCUGCUGCAAGGGGGCGACAGGGGGCACGAAAUGCCCGAAUAUGAAAAUCUAGAUCCUAGUAGAAUUAGGUAUACGUUUCAGCGGUCGGUGAGUGAACCGAAACCGAUCUCGAAAAGUCAACAGCAUUCCCAAGUACUUCAUAGGUUUGCAUCGUUUAAUAAAGCUUUUGAUUUCGAUAAGUUCCAAGACAGCUCGUGGGCUGAUACUCUCGUAGGCAAGGAAAAAGAAAGUAAGGAAGACAAGUCGGCCCCCAUUGCCAAAUUAGAGUCACUCGAUGAGCUGGAUUUGGAGUCGCCACAAGGCAGUCCGAAGAAACCCAAAAAAUAGCUUUUCGUUUUUAAACCCGAGCGAGUUUUUAGACUGUCGUAACAGCAGGGAUGGUCAUUUGGGCGUAAAAACGUGUCGAAGUUCGAUUUUGAGGUAAUAGUUGUUACCUACCGACUGCGCCAAAUUCUGUUACAGCACAAUAACACGAAAAAUUUCACACUUUUUACGUCAACUGAUCCCUGGAAACCAGUGAGAUUAUGUAAUAAUAAGCCCCGAAUUUGGAAAUUUUAGGGAUAUUUCAGCUUACAAUAGAGAAAUUUCCAUUUUCGCCUCCGGUUCGACUGGCGCUGCGUCCGGCAAAAAAAGUCACUUGAUUAAUUGAUUAAAAAAUUCAACAUAUCGUUUUGGUGAUUAGUAGAAGCCUUGGCAAUGGCCUUAUUUCCGUAGCAAUUCAUUUAGCAAUAAUAAGUUGCGUGUUGGUGACGCGGCGCCAGUCUGCGAGUUAAAUAUCCGUCUCAAAAUCUACGAUAAGGUUGAAUCUUUUGUAUAAUAAAAGGUGGUAAAAUGAAAGACAAUUUUCAAAUAUUUCCCUAAUUGUUUGUUGAGAUUAUUUGUUACGCUUGUUUUUCGCAUCAAAUCGCUUUUAUGAAAUUUUGUAAGCACAAAUUAUUUGUUUAUACACAAUUUUAUCAUAUUUUUAAUAAUAUUAUGUAAUUAAGAUAAAAGCAUUACUCGUCACAUGCCCCUGAAUAAAGGCAUUCGAAGUAA